GUUAAUUUAAUUGUAAUGACACCAAGGAAGUUCAUAUUACCACUUAAAACUUUGUAAGCCAAACCAGGAAGAAAGUUAUUAGUAUUAAUAAGGACUAUCUUGGUAGUAGUGAAAGAGCCUAUGCUUAGUAAAUACGUCCUGUAUGGUAUGGACUAAAUUACGUUAGUAAGAGGUAGGCUUAUGAUGUUAACGUUUUUUUGUUUUGCUUUUUUAAAACUAUUCAUGAACUGAUGAAAAGACUUAGACUUAGACUUCCGUUAGGCUUAGGACUUAGUCGUAGUACUUAUUAAUAACUUAGUCACAGUCUAGUAAAGUUCGAUUUUGAACUUCAUGUCAUGUAUAAUUAACCGUCUUAGGACGGAGCCUUUUCGGGGUGUAUGUGCCAAAAAGACGGAGCACUUUUUACGAGCUCGGCACUCGCUUUGCAAAAAAGCUUGAAUUGAAUAAGUCCUAACACUUAUCACUUAGUUCACUUAGGCUUAUGUCUUAUUCUUAUGUUUUUGGGAAGCAAGGCCCUUGGAGGCCAUUCAGAUACAUCUGGCACAUGGUUCUACUCCUUUUCUAGCCCCCCCCCCCCCCUUUUCAGUUGUUACAGACACUCACUGUAACAGGCCCCCAUUAAUUAAGCUGGAUGUUACAGUUACUGAGAAAGUUUUCUGCAUAUCUUUUAGUCUCUCUCAUUCUCAUAAACAUUUGAGGGAUAUUUAGUGUAAAAAAUAGCAUAAAGUACUUAAAUGGGGUGCUUAUGCCUUACUAAUAGGACCUAUGUUGUCUAAAAAUUAAGAGGGGUCAUCUCUGUCUAGUUGAGGACCCCUAAUACUAGUAAUACUAAACCAAGAGUUCACAACAUUAGCAUUACCCUCAAUUUGAAAGUCUUCAUUAAUUUCCUGGUUGUUUUCAUCAGUUUCAGCAUCAGAUUCACUGCUAGAAUAUCAAAAUCACUAAGCACAGUUUGAUCAGAGUCACUGUCAGACAUGUUCAAAUUUCACGAUAUAACUAUACACACACACAAAUUCCUGCACACAAAUAAAUUUAGUUCACCAUCAACAAACACCGCCAUUAAAAUGCAGGGAUGGGCAGGAAUACGUAAUAAUAAAUUUGAUGAUCAGCUGGUAUAACGUCAAGCUAGCCAAUCUAGAGUCUCGAUUUAUUUGGCCGAUCGUUCAGACUUUUGUCUUUCUCGCUAGUCCACCUUGGGCUGAUAGAUUGGCUCUUACGUCCCAAGAGGGUUAAUUAGUAAACCGGUAAAGUAACAUCCUUGCCUUAAGAGUCAGAGUCUUCCUAGUUAUUUAGAUAGGCACAUAAUCAAAAAACCAAUUGAUUGAUACCACAUUUUUUCUUUUCUAUUAUUUUUCGUGGUAAAUUAUUUUAUGAUAACUCUGUUUAUUAAUUCAGUUAAUUGAAACAUAUAAGAAAAUAUAAAAUGGACUUGUCUUAAAGACUAAAAUUAAGAUAAAAACUGUUAUGUGAAUAUAAUUUUUUGAGAGAGAGCUGUCAGUCCUUGGUCAUGUGAUUUUUCGGCUAAUGUUGAGUAUCAUCCCCGUGACGUCAUUUGCGUGUUUAUUAUAGUUGCAGUGAAUUAGGGUUUAGGUUAGGUUGAGGGAUUGAUUUAGGGUUCAGGUUAGGCAUAGGGAUCGAUUUAGUUUAGGUUUAGUGACAGAAUUAACUGGUUGUGUCAACCAAGAUGGCGGAAACCUCAGGGAGAUUUCUCAACAUUUACCGAUUUUUCUUAUACUCAUUUCAGUAAAUGCAGACAAUUGGUGCCAUGACGUAUCACACGGCCGCCAUCUUGGUUACCAUGACCUGUGAACUUUUAUAAUUCACUGUCAUUAAACCUAACCUGAACCCUAAAUGUAUCCCUAGACCUAACCUGAACCCUAAAGGUAUGCUAUCCCUAAACCUAACCUGAAGCCUAAAUGUAUCCCUAAACCUAACCUGAAGCCUAAAUGUAUUCCUAAACCUAACCUGAAGCCUAAAUGUAUCCCUAAACCUAACCUGAAGCCUAAAUGUAUCCCUAAACCUAACCUGAAGCCUAAAUGUAUCCCUAAUGAUGUCUUGGCACCAAUCCCUGCAUGAGCCCUCAUUUCAAGCAUUAAUGAUCAAUGUUAUCCAGAGUGAAAUGAAGUCAGCAUACCCAAUGGCCAGAAAUGGGUCACAGUCACUGUUUUGAAACUUUAAUUACAGGGGGUUGGGUGGGGUGGGAUUUAUUUGUCCAUUCUUGUAGAAAGAUAAUUGGAUCUUUUAAACAGUGGUUAUCAUGAUAAUCACAACUGGUGUAUGAGAAAUUAAAUAGUAGACUUAGUCUUAGCUUAAUUCAGUUUGGUAUAUUUUUUCAAAACAAUUCUUGAACAAAAAUAUUUUUUAAAAACAAAGUAUUGUUCAGUAUCCAAUUCUCUUUAAAAUGAUUUAUCACACACCUAUUUAACAAAGAAAUGACCUCAAACAACAUUUGUUCAUAACCCCUGGUAAAUUUUGGUAAAUCUGCAUAAAAAAAGCCAACGCAUAUGCAAUUUUUUUUUUCAAGUGGACGAAAAGUUGAACAAGGAGCCGUAACUCUGCAAUGGUUUGUCACUAGCAGAAAAAUGAUUUAUCGAAGUACCUAGUAUGAUAAAAAUGUAAAUUUAAUAAAUGACUAAUCAUUAAUCACUAAUGAUGAUUGUCAAAGAUUCCAAUGACAUUUUGACUGAAAAAGAUAUCUCACAAAUAAAAAUAUCUUUGCCAUAAAAAAUUUAAAAAAAAUGGAAAUCAUAUUUUUUUUCUUUUCUGCAAUAUAAAAUUGAAGAAAGAAGUUUGUGCUUUUCUGACAUUGGUGGAUUAAAUUUAAUCAUUGAGGUAAAUUGAUUCCAAAUAGGAUACUAUAAGUUUUAACAUGGAAAACAUUUGAAUGAUCCGAUUGAUUUAUCGUCUUUUAUAAUAAUAUCAGGGAGAAACAUGAAACUUGUGCUUUUCUGACUUAUGACAUUUUAAAUCAGGCUCAGGGUUAGUUGACAUAAAAAUCGCACUCCAAUGACUGAAUUGUUUAUUCAAAUAAUGCUCUUUUGUAACGUGAUUUAACUUGUUUCAUUUUUGAAAAUUUCUUUUUCUCAUUAGUAGGUAGUGGGAAAGAUUGAAAUGAAUUCAUGUCCUUUGAAUUGAAGGCUUUUUAAUAACAUAAGUACAUUAUUUAUGCUCUUAGUAGUCACUUAUAGACAAUACUUGUGAUCACAGAUAGAUCAUUUCAUGUAAAGCUGGCAGAUCAACAACACAAUCAAAUGGGUAUGGAAGAGUUUUAUUUAUGAUCACUGGCAACCAGAUCAGACAAAUGCUCUAAAACGUUUGCUUCAAAAGCACACCUUGCACAAAUUCGUGUGGGAUUGGGUCUGUGUCUUUUUUUUUUCACAGCAUAGUAAUUGAGUGACUACUAAGACUCCAAAAGCAAUUUUUUUUGCUGAAAUGCCUUCACAGAGGUGUAUGUGUAAGAGACAAUCUUGCAUUUUGAGAUUCAAUUAUUUUGGUAAAUCUGCAUAAAAAAGCCAAUUUUUAAAACCAUAUGCUACUGGCUACUUACAAUGGAAGUUUGAUCUUUUCAUUCAAUAUAAUUGUGUCCAAAUCAAAUUGUACUGAGCAUUGAAUUUGUCUAUGUCUUUAAUUAAAUAUGUACUUCCCUAAGCGCAGACGAUAAUUCUCCUGUGACUUAAAAAUCAUUUGUUACGGGGUGGGAGGGGGGUGUGUUGUCAAAGUCGUGAGCUGGAUGUGACCUGUCAACCAAUUCUUUAGACUAUACUGAAGUAUUAAUUAACUAAAACUUAGUUGUUAGGCUUUACUAAGUAUUACUAUCUAAACCUAAAGGCAUAAGCCUAUCUAAUAAUUUAAAAAUAGCUCAGUUAGUAGAACUAGUAGGCCUAGGGCAUAUUACUAGCCCAUGUUUUUGUUUCUAUCUAUUUAACUUAAUACUACUUGUCCUUAGACUUAGGCUUUAUGCUAUUAUAUAUUUAGUAUUGUAUGAUGUUCAGUUUCAAGCAUGUUUGCCAUAGACUUCAUAGGGGUGAAUGCAGCUGCAGCACGUGCUUUAAGACACAUGUGAUUCUUCUUUGUGGAAACACUUACUUAUCGACUGAACUUCCCCUUCCGUUGGUACAGUACAAUUUUAGAAUAGCUGAAUUUCAUAACAACAGAUAGCUUAUGUAUGUUACUUGGUGUCAUCUUAUAUAAUCUCUCUCAGACUUGGUCAAACUUGGUUUCCUUCAAAACCACUAAUGGAUGAGCGAAAAUAAUGGUCAACUAUGAAUACUUUCCUUUAUUGAGAGACCCACUUCCAACAACUACCCAACAAAUAUCUUUCUUCACCACUGAGGAAAUGUGGUUUUGGAGCUAUGCACAGUUAACCAUGUCAUAUAUGCCUUCCAGAUGCAGGAGUUUCAAUACUGUUUGUUUUGGUGCAUACUGUACUUUUCAUUCUCUCAAACACCAUUGCCAAGCAAGGGUACUCAGCUGGUAAAAUUACAUUAUUAUAUGGUGACUCCAGCAACUUUAUUGUAUCUCUUUGAUAUGUGGCAAGUCUAAGAAGUGGUGACAACCUGUGGUUACCCCCCCCCCCCUCUCACAUAGUCAUCAGUCAGAUGUAGACCUUUGUUUGCACCAAAAAGAUCACAAAAAUACAGAAGGGUUUUCUCUGUUUCAAAAGAUAGUAAUGGACCAUACCAGGAAAACAUUUAUAGUAAACAACAUUAUACAUUUUUAGUUAUCAUUCCAUGAUGUUUACAAAAAUAUAAAAUAAAAUAAUAAAUAAGUGUCAAUACUGAAGACAUUUUUAGCAAUCAUACUCUAUGCACUAAAUUAGACUAAGUUUGGUAUAAUGUUCAUUACAAAGUAAUUUUCUCUGAUUGAGUUCCCAUGAGCAAAACAUGCAAUACAUUUGAUAUGUGCUGGCCUCUAAGUUAAGGAUUGAUUCACGGAUUAGGGACAACAUAUUUCACUUAUCAUAUCUUUUAGUCUUUAUCUUUUUUUCUCUCUGUUUCUUUAGAAGCAUGAACAAUUAAUAGACAUUAUGAUUUUAAAAUCUGUUUAAAACACAUUCUUGACAAGAUGGUUCAAUAACUCAGUCUCUACUCAUGAGUAGGCUAUUGUUUGUUAUGUGGACCUCCUAUUUUUACCAUGACACUUUAAAAAAUAGAAAUGUAUAUUUUCUUACACUUCAUUUAUCUCAGAAAUUAUUUUAUAACAUUUAUAAUCAUUUAUGAAAUAAAACAAAAUACUUGUAGGAUCAUUAAAUUAAUGUUGCAUUUUAAUGUUUUGAGAACCACCACUCUGUAUUAAGCUUAAAAUUUAAAAGGAAGACAUUUUAUUUUAUCCUGGAUCAAAUUAUUAAAUGACAGUUCCCACUAUUAAUGGGUUAUAUUCACUGCCAAUCUACAGACCAUGCAUAAAGUUGGACCAUUCUGACCUAUUGAUGAUACAAGGGGAAAGAAAAUGACUUCCUCAUUUGUUUAGAUCUUGUCCCAGGGACAGCUGUCCUAGAUAGAAAUUUAAAAAAAAAAAAAAAUAUGGGCCCUCUGUGUUCACACACAAAUAGAAGGUUCAUGAAUGUAAAUUAAAGGUGCUUGUUGAAUCAACAAAUGCAACACUGACUCCUACAGUGCAACGAGCGAGGUCAGGGCUAUUGUGUUGUAUGUUUGCUCCUGCUAGGCACACAUUUUUUGUGUUGCUGCUCUUUGAAAUGAUUCAGAUUGUUUAUGUUCAUUGAUGGCUGUGUUUUCAUGGAUGGCUAUGAGUUACAGUGAAUAUGGUGAAAUAAUGAGCACAUAUAUCACUAUUCUAUGUCCCAUGAUAGCAAGAAAGCUGGGGGGCAAUGUAGAGAAGGAAUAACACUUGUUUGCAUCUUUGUUAUUUAUUUAAUUAGUAAAACAGUUAUUAGUUGUUGGUUUUUUUCUUUUUUUUUAAAUGCGAAAUUGUGUUUUUCUUUAAAAUUCUAGCUGUUCCAUUCAAAAGCAACACACAAGUAAGAAUGGACAAAUCUUCUAGGAGGCCACCUCCCCCUCCUGUAAGCCAAAUUUAUUUUCAUUUUUUAAUGAAAUUAUUCAUAAGCAACUUUAACUCAUUGUUAAUAUUAAAAAUUAAAUAGAGCAUACACUAAUAUAAAUAGUCAAUACAAUUUAUUUGUUUUUAUAUUUAAAACAUAUUAAGUUAAAAUUUCAUUUCAAUGUUUGUUGCAGCCUGGAAGUACUCUACCUCCAGUUCCACCACCACCUAGGGUUUGUAUAUUAAUUUUUUUAUUAUUUUACCCCCACUAGCAUAAUUGUGCCAUUUAAUUGCUCCUGACAAACAAAAAGAAUUAACUAAAAUUUAAAAAAUCAAAUUUUUAUAUGACAAUUUAUCUCUGCAUCAAUUAGUUGUAUAAAUCCUGUUUUCCAGAAGUCAUUUUUUGAAAAAUAAAAACAGUCAAUAUGCCCAAUACUUUGUUUUGACUUAUAAUUCACAUUAGUUAUAGUUUUAUAAACAAUUUUAAGUCUCAGCCUCUAAGACUCAGCUGAAUACAAUCAGAAACUCUUUGCUGAAGUCUAUAAUCUCAAAAGAGAGGUUAAGAUUUAUUUAUGGAACUUUGAUCUUUUACUUUUAUUGAAUUUUUGGUCAAAGCUUAAAGGCCCUUUGUAUAUUCUCCACCUGUGCAGGCAGUAAUUGGUUCAAUAUGUACAAAGAUUGCUACAAACAACAUGAAAUAAUAAAUUGGCAUUAAGUAAUCAGAUCUAAAACAGUUUAUAAUUAUUAUGAAUUGCAUUAUUUUUUUUAGAAAAAGAUACAUUCCAAAAGAAAAAGUCAAAACAAGAACUAACAUACUAAUUAUUAAACUACUGCUUGGGGUCAAAUUACUAAGCACUAGUUACUUAAGAUUAACAUGAUACUUCCAUAUAUACUCAUUCAUGAGCUCAUUCAUACAUAAGCCAACCCCCUUAGUUUUGGCCAGGAAAAGCCUGAUGUAACAUGCUCAUAUAAGCCAAACCCCAUUGGGUUUUAUGCCAGUCAAGGCAAAACUGUACUAUAGAAAAUAAUUAUUGUUUUUAAAAUCCAAAAUUUUAAAAAUAAUUAUUGAGUUAGUAAAAAGACUUAAAAUAUAUAAAAAGCCAUACUAAACAUGUAAAAAAAUAGAACCCUGCGUUCUAAUCUAAAACAAAUUUUGAAAAAAAAUAUUUCUUGUCAUAGGAUAUUUUGUCAUUUUCUCCAGGUACAUUGAAUAUGCCUAAUGAAAUUGUUAUUUUAGACUGCCGAGGGCCUAGUUUACUGUGUGGUUUACAAUAAUCAAAUACAUUUGCCAGAAGCUUUAAAUAUUAAGAAAACAAUUAUUCUGGAAGUAGAAGGCGCCACUCUUUUCCCAACAUGAUAAUAUAAGUAGAUCACAGCAUACACAAGGCUGACCUUCAUUUCUGGUCCUAGAUAUUAUUUGGUACCAUAUUGCUUACACUAGCAUAUUAUUUUAUGGGUCAGCUAACGAGCAGGUUAUAUGCUUUUCAGGUUUUUUCCAACGUAAACAAAGGUGGUUGGCGUAUGAAUGAAUGAGUUUUAGAACGGUAAAUAUUUCAUUUUAAUUACUGAAAUAUUAGUGCGAUCAGUUUUUACAGUCUCCCCUACUUCAGGAACCUACAGGUCCACCUCUUCCAAAAAGAAAUCAAGCACCUCCGUCGGCCAAAGAAACACUUGAUGUAAGAAUUGUAACUUUAAAAAAAGAUUCAAUAAUUUAAUUCAUAGAUAAUUUUAAAAUAAUUCAUUUAAACUGUUCAAAUUAAGCUUCUUUUUGUUACCUUUCUUUUUCUGGAUGUAAAACAGACUAACAAUCAUUUUACUAUGAGAUGCCAAUAGUGAAAAUUUCUUUAAAAUUCUGUCAAUUUUGUUUCUGAUGAAGAAGGCUGGAACAAUUAGAGAGAGAGAGAUAUUUACUGAUUACUCAAAAGUUGAUUAAAAUCAACUUUGAUAAUUUGUUUGCUUUACACCUAGACACAAACUUAAUAUUUAAUUGUAAUUAAAUCAUAUUUAAGACUGGUAUUCAUUUUUAAAUACCAAACUAUGGAUUUCAACCAAAAUUAACAUGAUCAUACUUCCUAACCUAAUAAUGGUUCCUGGAAAGGUUGGUCAAAUUCCCUUACCAACAAAAACUGUCAUUUGUCAAAAUAAUUUAAUUUUCGCACUGUGUUAAAUUUUGAUGACUUAUGAUUCAUUCAUAGCCCACCACUCAUAUUUCUUGGUCCAUCUUCCAUAAGAUAUUCUAUAUUAUCUACUAAGGGUCUAAGUAUGUACUCACUGGUAAAAAAAAAUUGAAAGCUGUAAUUUUUAAAAACAAUCAAAAAAAUUCCCCAGAGUAACACCUUGCUACAUCCUCUCGUUAAUUAUAAAACUUAAUUAAAAUAUUUUAUUUGCUCAUGGCAAUAAUUAGUGCCAAUGACAUCUUCUGUUUUAAAAAAAUUAAAAUUGGACCCUGUAUAAAGUCAAUGUAUGGGCCAUUUUAAGUAUAUUACAAAAUCUGAUUUGUCACUUAAAUUCUCAUUAAUUAUCAUGCAUGUUAUAUGCAUGAAGAUAUCAAUAAUUGUAGCCUCUCUUUUAUGAUUUUUUAAAGCUUAAUGGGUAAUUGGUAAUAUACACUAUAAUAUAUCCUUCAUUGCAUGUGGAUGUGGUGUUUACUUGUAAUUUAACAUUUUGUUGUUGGAUGUUUAACAUAUUUUUUUUUUAACCUUUUCUUGAGCAUAUUUAAAUGAUAAGGUGUGCACUGUUACUUAAAAUUUCUAACUGACCAAUCAGGGCGGUAUGUUGCUUGAAUGAACAGAGUAAUUCUUUUUUUUUUUUUUUAAAUAAAAAAAAAUAUUUUAGAAUUAUUUGCAUUAUGUUUUGCAUAAAGUUAUCUUGUUAUUUAUGUCUGACUUUGUUUUUACAAAUGAUUAAACGUUGUAUCAUACUUUUUUUUUUUUUUUUUUUUUUUUUUUAAAUAAAAAAAAAUAUUUUAGAAUUAUGUGCAUUAUGUUUUGCAUAAAGUCAUCUUGUUAUUUAUGUCUGACUUUGUUUAUACAAAUGAUUAAACGUUGUAUCAUACUUUUUUACCUUACAAACCAUAAACUGUUUUCUGAGAUAUUGUUGUAACUUUGCACCCACUACAAUGCUAUUUCUUGUGGCCAUUGAAAAUAUUUGAAGGAGAUUUAUGAAGUGGUGAUAAUUUUAUUUUUAAAAGUAAGAUGGUACACUUACACAAAAGUUAUAGACGUAAAAAUAACUAUUGAUGAUAAUUAUUAAAACAACGUAGACAGGUAAAAUAAGUUAUCCUUAUAAACCCAUGCUUAAAACUUGAAUGUGGAUAGUUGUAAAGUAUCUCAUUUUUUGCUAAGCAUAGACAAAGUCACCUCAUAAUUUAUAUUUUGUGGAUUUUGAUUUAUGGAAAGGAAAGAAAAAUAUAAAUUCUCUUAUGUGUGAAUGUAUAGAGUAACUAUAGAUGGUAAGGAAAACAAAAAUCUUAUUCUUUGUUUGCUAACAACUCUGUACCAAAUAAUGUUUUAACCAAAAUUUUAUUUUACUGUAUUUAAUUCAUAUCAAAAAUAUAAAUACAAAAGCUUCAGUGGGAAUUUAUUUAAUAGAUACGAAAAAUAAAAGUUACAUUUUUGUUUAGCAAGUUGUGCUUUUGUUAUUUCUGUGUUAUAUUUUGUACCCAAUUUGAGGUGUAAAAUAUAUGCAGAUACUUAAGAUUAUUUUAAAGAGAUGUUUUACAACAGGCUCAAGUAUCAGAAGAAGGUGAUGAAUAUUUGCAGCCUUUUACUAGUCCACAGGUAUUACAAUAUCUUGUAAAUACGAGCUUACUCUAAAAUGACUUUUUUUGUUUAACUGCCUUAGUACAGGUCAACAAAUAUAUGUGUAUUAGAUGCCUAAACCUAAACAUCUAUAAAAGCAUUGAUAGUUUCAAGCUUGCUUUAUUGUAGCCUUUUAAUUUUUUAAAAACUUUUCUUCUCGCACAAGGGAAUUUAAAGGAAACUAAUACUUUUAAAGUCUUAUGUAUACGUAAAUAAAUAGAUCAAUAAUAUCCGUAGCAAAAGUUAAGUAAUCAGCAGGGUGUAUAAUUCAGGCCCGUUCUUAGGCAUAUGCUGACUACGCAUCCAUGUAGGGCCCCGAACGUGAGGCGCCCUCGAUCCCCAGGUUUUUUAUUAGCUGGCACUGCAGCCGUCUGUGUCACUCACGUUACCUUCCUCAUCCUAAAAUUUAUCAUUCUGAGUUGAAUUCGGAGGCAGGGGAAGGGAAGCCGGGGGCAAUCUUCUUCCUCAAAAUAAGGAAUAAGUGCCACCAGAGCCAUUCUUAGGCAUACAGGCAAACUAGGCAACAGCCUACGGCCCCACUACCACCUGCAUGUCCAUAUAUUUCAGAAGUACACAUUUUCUCUAGUGGCGGAAUUAUCAAUAUGGUUUGUGGUUACACGCCAGCAAAGAGGAGAGGUGCCGCAGUGGUGGGUGGUGUUUUCUGCUCAGCUCGAGGGAGCUCCACCCCCGGACCCCACCCCUUCCGGGGCCCCCAACCUACGCUCCAUGCUUAGGGCCCCCAAACUCCUAAGAUCGGCUCUGUAUAAUUUAAGCAAAAUGAUAAAGUAAUUUAUUAAUUGCCAUUGCAAGUUUGACCCUGUUAUACUCCCCUGGGUUGUAUAAUCUCCUGGUAUGUAUACUCCCCUGGGUUGUAUAAUCUCCUGGUUUGUAUACUCUCCUGGUUUGUAUACUCUCCUGGUUUGUAUACUCUCCUGGUUUGCACACCUUAGCUUUUGUUUUCAGCCUUGUUUUUUUUUUUUAACCAGUUGAUUUCUUUUAACAGUAACAAAUAAGAUAACUAAAUAUCUAUCAAAAUCUAUGUUAUAGAGUGCCUCACCAAGAAAAUCCUUUACCUCUCUAACUUUCUCUCCUGGUUUGUAUAUUCUCCUUGUUUUUAUACUCUCCUGGUUUGCUCUCCUUAGCUUUUGUUUUCUGCCUUGUUUUUUUUUUUAACCACUUGAUUUCUUUUAACAGUAACAAAUAAGAUAACUAAAUAUCUAUCAAAAUCUAUGUUAUAGAGUGCCUCACCAAGAAAAUCCUUUACCUCUCUAACUUGCUUGUGCAUAAGAAAUGCUUCUCAAACUGUUUUAACAAGUGGGGGUUGGGGGGGGGGAUAUAUUAAUUUUUGUAUUGCAUCAGUAUUUGAGCAUUUAAUGCAGAUGAAUUAAAGACGGCAUACAACAGAAAUGUUCAGCAAUGCUUUCAAUAAUGAACAGUUAUUUAAUCCAGUCUGGCCGGAAUCCACAUAUUAAAUCUAUAUUUUCGAGUAAUUUUUUGGGUUCUUAGCUUAUGUCUUCCUUAUAUUCUCCAAUCACAAAUUUUAAUAUUUUAGCUGUCAUUUUUGCUUUUAGAUACAAUAGAUUGUUAACAAACAAUAGUUUGCUUUUGGAAGUUAUUUUCAAUUAUAUUAAUUUUACAAAAACACAGCUUUAAUUAUGUUCACCCUGUGUGGCACUUUUUUUAUAUCAGGGUGGCAUCUUCGGCCAACUGCGGAGUAUUUUUUUUUUUUUUUUUUUUUUUGGUGGGUGUGUGUGAAGGCACACUAUCCCUAGCUACUCCUUUGUUUGGAGGGAUGAAAGCAAUGAGGGCUGAAGCUUAUUAAAAUGUAAAUAAUUUUAUUAGUAAACAUAUUUGUCCAUUCUUCAUCUUUUCUUGUCUUGUCUGCAUACUAAUUUCCAGCUCACUAUAGAUACAAUCAUUUUUUACAACUCUUUCUGAAAGUUCAUGACCUAUAAUUAUAGCUUUACCUGUAUUCAUUUUAAAAAAAAGGAAGCUUUUUUUAACCAUCUGAACUAUAUCGGUGUAAAUAUUAAUUUUGUUUAAGUCUAAUCUCUUACUCACCCAUUUGAAACUACUUUUAUUUGUGUGCAACUUUUUCAUUACAUGUGACGUAAGCUUCAUUUUAUCCAACAAUCAUUUCAAAUACUCACUAUUAAGUGGGUUUGUUUAGCUUAAAUGUAGCUUUUAUUGGUUUGUGGAUGAUAUUUUACAAGUUUGGAUACUUAAAUAAGGCAAUAUACAUAGUAAAGUUUUGCCCAUCUUAACUAGUAUUAUGCUUGGUAAACAAAUUCUGUUAAGAGUUUCAUAACUGUUUUAAUUUCAAAGAAAUUUAGAAGUAAAUUAUCCAUAUCAGUCUCUUUGUGGUUAUGGCAAUAUUCUUUGAAUAACCACUUUCACAAAAUAAAAAGGGCAUAUACUUUAUCAAUAUAAUCAUUGCUACUAAGCAUGACAUUUUUAGGGGAAAGCUAAAUUAACCCCAAAAUUUGAAUUUUAAGCAAUUUACUGAAGAAUUAAAUGAAAGUACCAUAGAGAAACUAUAUUAUGAAAAGCUAAAAUUCAACCUGAUCUCUCCAAGGCAGACUGUCCUAUAUUUUCUAUCUCUAAUAAAUAAACAACAAAUUAAAUAUAACUGCUGGAGUUGUUUGAGCACCCUAGUACGUGUGCAACCCCACCAGUAACGUUUGUUAUAUUGAACACUCCUUCUGUCGUUACUUAGAAUUCAUAUAUGUAUAUCUAUAUCCAGUGUUGGAGUAGUGGCUUAGUGUUUUCUAAUUAAGAUAAAAGCAUGAGGCAGGUUCGAUGGAUUGCAUUACUAUAUAUUUUAUUCGCAGAAAUCACAAUUUACAAUAGGAAAUAAAUCUCCAAGCUGGAGUAAUAUAAUUAAUUGUCAUGAUCAUCUACACUUUACAUAUUUCUUAAUGCACUCAAAUGGACAAUAGCAAGUCCAAUGCUUUAAGAUAUAUACUUGCUAGAGCAAAACAUUCAUAAUUACAACAUCACCUUGAUAAUUUGAAUCACUUCCACACUCUUACUUCCUGUCAUUCUGCGCAUGACAUAACAAAAAAAACAACUUUACGCUAAUACUAAACUACAAAACAAUUCAUUAUAGUGAUUAUGAAGCUGUCACAUCAUCGAUCACACCUACUUUGUUUCACCUCUGUUGUGCAAGGAUGCAUAUUUAAAAAUGCUUUAAGGUUUUAAAUGAGUUUAAUUGACUGAUAACAAUAGAAUAUAAUUUAAUUUAAUUAUGCUAAUACUAAACUACAAAACAAUUCAUUAUAGUGAUUAUGAAGCUGUCACAUCAUCGAUCACACCUACUUUGUUUCACCUCUGUUGUGCAAGGAUGCAUAUUUAAAAAUGCUUUAAGGUUUUAAAUGAGUUUAAUUGACUGAUAACAAUAGAAUAUAAUUUAAUUUAAUUAUGCCCCGAUAAUGCUCUUCUCAUUUUAUCUUAACCUUAUUAAAAAAAAAUAAUUCUGUAAAAUUGUAUCAUGUUCAUUUUAAGUUGUAUUUAUGUGUGCAUUAUUAUUUUUUUCUAUUCAUUUAAUUUAAUUUAACACAUUUUUUUUACAAUGAUUGUAUUUUUAUUUAAAUUAAGUUAAAGCUGCUGUUCUAUAAGUUUUUACUAUAUCUUGUUUAAACAGUUUCAUCAAAAAUUUGAAUGUAUAUAAUUUUUUUUUUUUUUACUUUCGCUGUUAAAAUAAGAACUGUUUUCCUAGAAUUGUAGUUUGUUGCUUACACUUAUACUUAAUAAGUACCCAGUCAAUUAGAAACAUUUUUUUCUGCUUUGUUUCAAUUUCAAUUUAUAUUUUAUGUGCAAACUACAUAAAAUUCACCUACAUAUGACUAACUUUGUAUUGGGUGCAGAACACUUUUUUAUGGUUUAUGCUGCAAAGUGGGACACCAUAACUGUGGGUCCAUAACUCUUUGCAGAUUCACAUCACAGAAUUUUGCAGUGGAUUUUUAUGUUUUAAUACCUGAGAAUAUGUUCUGGGCUAGAUAUUAGUGAAUCAGAUUUUUAUCACCAUUAGAGUUACCCCCUUCAUAUUGUUUAUCCAGAGAUGUCACAGAGAGAACUUUCUGAGUUCUUUGACCAUUGAAGUUAGGAAAGAAUUGAUUGUAACUUUUAUACAAGGUGAUUCCUGUGUAACUUCUGAAGGCCAAUUGUUUUGCACAAUUCAUGAAAAUGAUGAGUUGUGUCAUCUUUCAUCCACACUGUUUCACACUGUUUUUGUCAUUUUGGAUGUGCUUAUAAACAUUUGUGUUUACCCAUCUCUUGCCUGACUUUCUGAAUUACUAAUAAUAAUAAUACUAAUAGAAAAUGUUUUAAACAUUGAACAUAUUUUUUAUUCCAAAAAGUCCCCCAGAAACACCUGGGUGUGAAUUUCUGGUUUGAACAUCUAUUUUUAAUUACAUUUUUGUAAUAAUUACUUUUCCCUUUUCCUUCUGAAAACCAAGGAUUUUUACGAGGAUAUGAGCCCACCAAAGGUGGUAAGUCCAGCCCCUCAUAGGAAGUACGGCUCAACCCAACAACCUGUAGGCUUGCUUGGAGGUUUAGUGGUAUAUUCAAAACUUUUACUGCCACAUUAAUAUCUAGCAAUUACUGUUUAGCACGGAUGAGCUCCAAGCAUUGCACCAUGAGAAAUACUUUCAUGUGUGCAAGUCUUUUGCCUACAUUGCACCAGCACUUGCUUAAGAAUUUUGUUUUCCCCUUGUUUUUCAGUGCUUUACUAUUAACUUCCCUAGUCUAUUUUUUAACAUUCUUCAUCUUUAUUGAAUGGUUUAUUAUGUGUUAUCUGUCAAGCUGAGAGGUUUAUUGUUAAAUAUUUUAUCAAAAUUUGAUCAUGCUGUCACUCAAAAUAAAAAAUUAUACAAAAAUUAGAUGAAAUGGAUUUUCAAUAACUGUAGUUGAGAUAAUGGCUGCCGUAAAAAAAAAAUUUAAAAAUUACAACUCAUCAUAUCCAUUACUGUCACCAAUGUUGGGUUUAUAGCUCCUGUUUGAGCAUUAGAUAUGAAACAGUUUUUUUAAAUAAAAUGUCCAAGUCAAAUUACCCAAUUUGUUUUGUACAGCCCCAAAUUCAACUACAAUUUUGUUGCUCCAGCUUCACUAAUUAAGUUGUUUACAUAAAUGCAUUGUAUUGUCAUUAGGGCAGACUUGCUGUUUUGAGUUUGUUAGUGUUCUUUAUUUAUAAUCUUGUCAUUGAACCCUAACCAUAAUAUUUAAGCAUAUUUUUCACAGAAUCGCGUUAGUUAACGUUAACGUUAAAAUUUUCAUUCUUUGCACAAUAAAUCUCUGCAUCGUUUCACAUUUCUGAAAUUUUUAAUGUUCUACUCUAGAAGAAAGGUCCCCAACCUCAAACAAAGCGAUAGUCCCCCCCCCCCCAAGUGCACAAAAGAGUUCUCUAUUUAAAUUGCUAACUGCUUCCUUAAAAAAUAAAUUCAAUAUCUUUGAUGUGGCAUAUCACUACGGCCAUUUCAUAAUUCAAAAAGGUUGGGGAUUUCUAGUCUAGAAUCUCUAGAUUUUUAAAAAGCAUUUAAGAUUUUAAUUUUUCUGUUUAGUUCAUUAACACUGCUUUCAAAACAUGGUACUGAUAUUAUUGAUCUCCCCAUUUCCUCAAAUAAUUAUGCGUACAUAAAUUAAUUUCAUCCCUUUCCAUAUUUUGCAUUUAUUAAUUGAUUAAAUCAUGAAAAUUCUUAGUUGUAAAAUAACCUAAAAGAAAUAUUUUUUAUCAGCUACUUCAGCAUCAGGACACACAGACAUUUCUUAAAAUUUUAAUGUAUCAGCUACAUCUACAUUGAGUAUGAGAGUGAUACACCCUCAGGGUUGUAUGUUUGUUCAAAAUGGAUGUGGAAAGUUUGCCUUGCAACUUUUUUCCUGUCUUUUGAUCUAAGCUUCCACACACCUUGUUCUACUGUUUCCUUCACAUGGCUUGAACGCAGUCCUUCAUUUAUUAUCAUGGCAACUUACAAGUGAAAAGUCACCCUGGGUUUCACCAGAAUAUGUACAUGGGUUCUCACUAUGAGCUUUUAGCGGAUAUUUCAUUCAACCGACAUUUAAGACAUAACUAGGAAAUCAUGUGAAUCUAAAAAAUGCUCAUCAAAGCAAUGGAAUUAAAAAUUAUUUUUUUACAAUGGAAUUAAAAAUGAAAUUGUGGCCUAAGGUUUACAAACUGAGAAAAACAAUAUAAACAAAACGGUUAUAGAAAGUCUCACGAACUUGAAAGUUUAUCUUUUUGCUCCUUUGGUAGUUUGUGUUUCAACUAAGUUGAAAUCUUAUAGAAAAUUUAACGGAUGCCUAAGAUGAAGAAUUAUAGAAAUUCUAUUGUUUGUUCAGAAAUAAUGUACAGUGCUCCUUCAACACUGUCCUGAAUUAAAUGGGAAUCUUAGUUUGCACAAUACUGUGUUUAUAAAACAUGGAGAUGCACUUUUUUUAUAUAAAAAAAACCAUUGUCACACAAUCUGAAAUUUGUGCAGGCCAUUUGUUUAUCUAAGUAUUAAUGACCUAAUAUGCUUUACUUUUAUCUUGCCCUUACUGAAUAUUGAUUUUAAAAAAUAUUUUUUUUUUUAUUAUUUACAGUAAGUAUCCCAUUUCUAAAUUUCUUAUUGAUAAAAGGUGGGAAAAUAAUUUUUCUGGGAUAAUUUGGAAGAAAUAUGCAGUUUAAAAAAAAUCCUGUGAAGCCAGUGAUUUGAAACAAAAUUAUGUUCCAUAUUUUUGAAUUUUUUUUUUCUGAAUCCAGAGAAAUUUUAAAGUACCUAAUUUGAGCUUGUAGUUUAUUUAUUUUUGUAUGACUUUAUGUGUUACAAAGAGCAUUUUAAUCCUCUAUAUGUUUCUUCCAUCACUUUAUGGACACAGAAUGAGUUCUAAUUUUCUUUUUUCUUUUAAGAUGAAACACAUUGCUUGUUUUAUUAAUUUCAUUUAAGAUUAACCACUUAGCAUGUUUUUAAUUUUUCAAAUUUUCAGUUAACCUUUUUUGACUAUUUACAAUUAGUUAUGGUGUUCCUAAAGUUUGGACACAUGUUAUUACAUAGUAUUAUUAUCUUCAAAGUGAUUUACUCCAAUUGCAAUGCAAGCUCCAUGUGCUUAACAUGAUUUAAAAAAUGGAAAAACAUUAAUUUUUUUCCCUGCUUUUAAACAAAUAUUAAUAAAACAUCUUUCUCACCAUAUGACAAUGAGCAACACUGCAUGUUUAUUGUAAAAUUCUGUAACCUGCAAUUUAGGCAGGCAGAUUAUUUCUACUGAAGCUUAAAACUGGAGGUGUUAUUUCUAUGACGUAAAUGAUUAUACAGAAAGACAGCUUUACCUUUGACCUUAUAACAAAGGUGGUUCUUUUGAAACCCUGCCGAUUUGAACCUUAAUUUUGUAUUUUCUCUGAACUACUACUCAGUCAGAAUUGAGAUUAUUAAAAAACUAUCCUACCCUAUGUCAGGCUGAAGAUCUGCCUCAACCUCUUCGUUUAAAAUUUGCCAGAAAGGAGAGCCAGGGCCAUGAUUCAUGCUUUUUUUAGUUCAAUAUUAUCCUAGUUUUUAAAAAACAGUCCCAAAGACAAGGUUCACAUCAAGUUAAAUAAUAGUGUUCUACAAAAUAUAUUUAUAAGUGUGUUUGAAGAAUGAGCAGGUUGCCCUUUUCUCUCCCCUUCUGUGCAUUUCUAUCUUUGAUGUGUUUGAAGCAGUUUCUAAGAAAAUCUUUGGCACAGCUUGUCUUUAUUUACAAGUAACACUGUCUGUCAUUUGUAAUGUCAUCAUCUAAACUGAGCAUUUUACUUAUUGCUACGUUUAAAAACUGAUAUGCAUUGUUGUUUUGCAAACACCAAAUGUCAAAAUUACUUGUCAAAGUGAAAAGCAUGCAAUUUUUCUGUACCUCUGAUGUAUCAGUAUUAUAUCUGCCUUAACUCUCGCUGGAUGUAUGCCAUCCAUCCUUUUCAAGCACAUGGUAUAAAUAUUUGCAUCCUCGCCAAAACAUCUGAGCCUAUCGCCUUGCCACCCAAGCUUUGCUUUGACUUCAGCAAAAAGAAAAAGAACUUUAAUCUGAUAAUUUUCAUCACUUGAACACUCAUCCUCCCCAGCACGUGACAAGCUCAGAAAAUGAUCAAGGGAAAAAAAAGAACACAUUUUUGGAUUCAUUUCGCUGUUUAGAGAGCAAAUUACAAUUUAAUAAGCCAGAUGUGCCCAAAGGGAAGUCAUCUUUUCUGGACAAGGAUAGAAAAAUUAGUGAGCCUAUGAGAUCACUGUUGCCUUUUAGUGUAGAAAAAGUCAGGCGUUCUACAGUGGGGGAGUCCACCCAACCCGUGGUGAAGUGAACUAUUUUUUUUUUAUCUGCAUGAGGAAACAAGUGGUUUUGUUGUGUAGAUGUCCAGGAAAUUUUAAGCUUACUUUGGAUGUUAAUGGCAGAUGCUUUGCUGUAGGAUGUUGUACAUAGAGAUUUUGUUUUUUGUUAAUGCAUAGCAUGUUGUUGUUUCUCUUGACAUGAAAGGAGUUUUCUGUGCUUUGUAAAUGUAUAAUGGACAGUCCUGUAUAAAAAAAAAAAGAUUAUGUUAGGCGGCCUUUUUAAUGAUUAUGAAUUCAUGUGUCAGCAGCCCGAGAUCUCAGAUGAUACUUAUGAGAUUCCAGAAGUGAACAAAACCCCAGAGCCAAGAUUGCCACCCAGACCAGUUCCAGGAGCAAACACUUUUGCAAGGUACAAGUCGGAACCAUCUCAGGAUUUCAAAUCUGCAUCUCAUUUGCAUGCUCGUAUUUGUUUCAAAAGGAAGCGUUGCAUUUUUAAAAAAUAAACUUUAAACGGCCAAGUUUGAUUAUGAAAUUAACCACGGUUUUGUAAAUACAAAAAUUGGUUCUAAUGGAAAAUGUGAGGGGGAUAAAUGUUUCAUUCAGUCUACUUUUUUGUGUGUAUAUGUUUCAAAACUUAAUGUAAUGAACACCCAUAUGCAUUUAGUAAUGAUCCUCCAGUGGGUAUGACAGCUUGUAAUUCUGUUGCCCUUCUUUGUUUCAAAAAGACCACCACCUCCUGAGUCAGAUUCAGAUGAUGGCGAAUGGGAUGAGGAUUGGGAUGAUGCUCAGGUAGUGAGAAGGGCCAAUUUCUUAACGUUCUCUUCACAUUGAUUCAUUGCGUGCACCGGCUUCUUUUCCUAAAUUACUUCAGGAACUACGUAAACUUGAUUUCAAGUUUAAUCUUUGCAAUGCAGCACAGAUUUUAAUAUUUAAUAAAUAGCCUUCUUGCAAAGUAAAUUGGCAUGGCUUUAUUAAAACCCAGUAGUUAAUUAUUUCAUUACAUGUUUACCAUAAUUUUUUUUGUAGGUCAGAGAUUUUUUUAACAACACUUUAAAUUGCUAUCAAAAAACCAGUUCAGCUUCAACAUUAUAAUAAUAAUCCAAUUGUAACACUACAAAAUGGACGCUAUUUUAAACAAUUGUUAUGAGGGCAGUGCUUGCCUGGUAAGUGUUUGGUAUUGGAUAGGAUUUUGUGAAAUGGUCUGCAUAAACCUAUUUUGAAAGAAAAAAUAUUUUAUGCUAUCUGUUUUUUUCUUCAGCACUCCAGCUGCAGUUAUUUAUUAAAAACAUUUACAUUUUGGAAUUUUUAAACUAGACACAAGCUAUUACAAACUGAUUGAAUUAGCAUUAAACAUUAACAUUUUUUGUUGUACCUUGAGGCAAAAAAAAAUUAAAUUAUCAAGCUUGUUAAAUUUGUCUUGAAUUUAAAUUUUAAAGACUGCUUUGCUGGAUUAUCACCAACUAGAUCACAAAAAUGAUUUAUUUAGUUCCUGUAAUUGUGCACUUUUGAUGAAGUUGUAAGAAAGAAUAUUUAAAUGCCUUUCAGAUCAACUUAAGAACUUAGUUUUCUUUGAGAUUUUAUUUCUGUUAAAGCUGGAAUGAUAACAGGAAAAGACAGGACAAUAAAAUGGACCAAAUCUAAUGGCUUUUGAAAAAAAAUGUUUUUUUCAUCUUAAGACUGACAAUAAUAAAACAAAAUGUUACACAACAAACAUGCCAAUUUAUUGAUGAUAACACCAAAUUUUAAAACUAAAAUAUAACCUCUUUAUAAGCAUCCUAUCAUUUUAAAAUUUAAUUUUCAACUUUGUUAAAUACAGAAAAUACAUACUAAAAAACCCAACUCUGCACAAUCAUUUUCUCAUUGCAUUUUAUAAAUAAAUGAUAAAUGUACUCAUGAACCCUGGAACUAAGUUUCUCUGCUUCUGUCGAUCAUUGUUUUGCUUAAAAUCUUUUUAAGAAAUGCUUGAGGGACCUAUUUAGAAUAGCUUAGAUCAGCGUUUUGCUUUCAUUGUAUUAUAUUAUUUUUAAGAUGUCUGUUUUCUCCUAACAUUUUCCCCCUGUUAGAAGCCAAAUGAAACUAUUUUACUCUGUGUUUUAAAAAUUAAAUAUAUGCGCACUUUACUAUAUUGUACCUGAUGCUGUUGGUAGAUUAGAGAGAAGAAUAUCAAAGAGCAAACAUAACAUAUUACAUGGCUUUUUGUAGCUGUAAAUUAAGGAGUGAACUGUUAUUUUAUGUAAAAUCAGUUAGUUCAAAUAACACAUUUAAGCAUUUGUCACAAACUAUGUCAAGAAUGAUAAAGGUUUUAAACCAUGAACACUAAAAUAACUAACAGGAAUUUACUUGAAUGAAAUAAAUCAAUUAUUUGACGUCUCUCAGUCUUACUGUGAUAAAUACUCAGUGGUAUUUACAAGGAGCGUGCCACUUAUGGGUGCAGAAUUUUUCUUAUGGGUGCAGAAUUUUAAUCUUUAAAAGUCGCAUAAUUAACAAAGUAAUGUAAAAUUUUAAGACAGUUUUUGAUCAACCAGUAUUCUAUAGUCCAGUGCUAUUGUUUUCACAAACAUCUUACUGACAUCAUAGUUUAUGCUUCUAUUCAAAGGCUUACUCAUCUAUGCUUUUCAUGAAGCCAAACAGUUAAUGAAAUUUGAUUUUCUGCUGUGUUACACCGAUUUAAACAACUUUAGCAGUGUAUUUAUUUAUUUUUUUGUUAAUAUUAACAGAUUCCUGUUACUUGAAUGAUUGAAGAAAUGCAUCUUGUCAUAAUUUUGAACAAAAACCAAACAUCAAAAAGAUAUAACGCUUAUUAUUGUGAACAACUUUUCUUAUUUUUGUAAUUUCUUAAAACACUUUUAGCCACUCUUCAACUUUUGUCGGCCUCUUUUCAUUUUGAAUCACUGUCUUCAUUUAACAAAAAAAAUCUUCUGUUUUUCUGAAUAGGCCAUGCUUACCCAAUAAUCUUUAUAAAUCAUUCCAUUCAAUGGUAUAGCUUGUUUACAAAUGUGGCUACAUCUAAUGAUCAUUGUCAAUAACAAUCAUAGCGUGUAUAUUCUUAAUUAAAAGGAUUUCAAUUGCCGUAAACUUUAUCAGCACAACUCGUAGCAUAACUUUUAUGCACUUUAAUUUAAAAUUGUACACUUGCUAUUAAUUAUUAGUGGUCUGAAUUUCAUUUUUAAAAAUUUUCAGAAACGUCAUAUUGUCUUGGGCAGUGCUGUCCAACCCGCUGGCUGCAGCGGCCCGCGAGCUGAUUUUAAAUGACCCUCCACAGCUUGAGACAUUUUUAUGAUGUUUGUAAAAAAUGAAAAAUUUCAUUGUGAAAAUGCGUUUGAAAAUUUAGAAAAUCUAAUAAGGGCAGGAGCUACUGAUAACUUUCACAAAUUACAAAUUAGUUACAAAGCAAAAUAUGUCAUUAAAAAGAGUUACGUUAUAGUUGCUUUAUUUUUUUUUCUUUAUUCUAUUGGACAUGUGACUUUUUAUGCAUAUAGUAAGAAGUAAUAAUGUGAAUAAUUUUCUAAAAAAGGUUUUCUUAAAUGUAUGUUUCAUAUGAGAGGUCAUGUGCUGCCCUCGGCUUUGUGGAAAAGUUUUUUUUUUUGCUCACAUAGUUAAAAAGGUUGGACAGCACUAGUAACUCUCAUGGGUAACAAGUGCCAAAGGGACAUUAGUUUGAUCCCAUUUUUAGACUCACAAUGCAAACAAGAAACAAUCAUUUUUUACAUUUAUUUAAUUUUCAAAAUGAAAAAAAAAUUCAAAGAACAUAAUGUGUUUUGUAAAUAAAAUAAGAAAGAAUUGAACCAGGUAAUAAAUUUGAAAGCACACCUUAUGAGACCAAUAAUAAAAAAAAUGAAUUGGAAAAGUAUUUUGUUUACCUAAAUGAAUUCAAUGAACUCAUUACAUAAUUAAAGUUUACAUGAUUAAUACAUUGCUAGUUUUGAUAGUUAAACAUAAUAAUUUGCAUGUACUCGAAUUAGUUAAUUAGUGUUUUUUUAAAAACUUAUUUGACCUCUGACCAAAUAAAACACCCUAUAUAUCAUCUAUAACUUUUAUACGAGUUUUAUUACUUAAUUUUUUUUUUUAAACCAUCUCAUUUUGCUCUUAGGCACUCUUCCUCCUCCUUUUUAAACCAAUAAAAAUGUUUGUGUACUAGAUUAGAUUAUAAAUUUAUGAUUCAUAAAAAUGACAUUAAUCUUGCUUUUUAGAUUUAAUAGGUAUAAGGGGUAUGCUUAUAGAGAUUUUUCUCAGGGUGUUCAUCGUAGCCUGUGUUGGUAGACGAUAUAUAAAAUAUUGAUUCUUGUUUAUUUCUUCAUUGUUUUACUCAAGCAGUUAAGUUACUGCGGUAUGUUAUAAAAUAUUACAAAUAAUUUCUCUUUAAAAAUUUCAGUUUAAACAAAGGUUAAAAAUAUUGAAAAGCCUCAAAAAAGUUUAAUGAGCUUUUAUUAACUUUGAAAAAUAAAAAUUGUGUCUCUUCGUUUCAUUUAUGAAUAAUGAUUUUAUUUUAGAUACUGCCACCAAUUAUUUAUAACAGUUUCAAAGAAUGAAAUAAGAAGCAAAUUAAAGGGAUUUUUGUAAAUAGAUAUCAAGAUUGAAAACCUAAAGUUGUUCUAUUUUUAAAUUUUAAAACAAGAAGUAAUCUUUUAAGAUGUCCUGAAUACAGACAAGAUAAUAUAAGCACAUGGCAAAAAUUAUUAUUGUUCUUUAUAAGUUUUCAGUAAGAUUUUUAGUAAAAGAAAAAUACCAUUUUUAUUUCUAAAAUUUAGUUAUUUAAAUGUUUUGUAACUUAAGGGUAUUUGCAUUAUUUUCUUUAUUUAAACCAGUUUCCAAUUUUUUUUUCCAGACUGAUCACAAACAAGGUAAACAAAGUUUACUAAAAAACUAUGACUACUUUUAUUUGAGCUGCAUUUUUGAAUUAUUACUCUGCCAGAUUGUUUCAUUAAAACUUUAAAACAUACUGUAAAUCUUUUCUUUUGUUUUAAUUAUAUUUUCACCAAAUAAUAUCAAUUAAAUCAUGUACCACUGUUGCAUCCAACAGGUGAAGAACUAUAUAUUGAACCAGAUGGGGGACAUGUAA